AUGAACACCUCAGCCCCACCUGCUGUCAGCCCCAACAUCACCGUCUUGGCACCAGGAAAGGGUCCCUGGCAGGUGGCCUUCAUCGGGAUCACCACGGGCCUCCUAUCCCUGGCCACGGUGACGGGCAACCUGCUGGUACUCAUUUCCUUCAAGGUCAACACAGAGCUCAAGACAGUCAAUAACUACUUCCUGCUGAGCCUGGCCUGCGCUGACCUCAUCAUUGGCACCUUCUCCAUGAACCUCUACACCACGUACCUGCUCAUGGGCCACUGGGCCCUGGGCACGCUGGCCUGCGACCUCUGGCUGGCCCUGGACUACGUGGCCAGCAAUGCCUCCGUGAUGAAUCUGCUGCUCAUCAGUUUUGACCGCUACUUCUCCGUGACCCGGCCCCUGAGCUACCGUGCCAAGCGCACACCCCGCCGGGCGGCCCUGAUGAUCGGCCUGGCCUGGCUGGUCUCCUUCAUCCUCUGGGCCCCCGCCAUCCUCUUCUGGCAAUAUCUGGUAGGGGAACGGACGGUGCUGGCUGGGCAGUGCUACAUCCAGUUCCUCUCCCAGCCCAUCAUCACCUUCGGCACAGCCAUGGCUGCCUUCUACCUCCCUGUCACUGUCAUGUGCACGCUCUACUGGCGCAUCUACCGGGAGACGGAGAACCGGGCACGGGAGCUGGCGGCCCUGCAGGGCUCCGAGACGCCGGGCAAAGGUGGCGGCAGCAGCAGCAGUUCGGAGAGGUCACAGCCCGGGGCCGAGGGCUCGCCAGAGACUCCUGCCGCCGGCUGCUGUCGCUGCUGCAGGGCCCCCAGGCUGCUGCAGGCCUACAGCUGGAAGGAGGAGGAGGAAGAGGACGAAGGCUCCAUGGAGUCCCUCACGUCCUCGGAAGGCGAGGAGCCUGGCUCUGAAGUGGUGAUCAAGAUGCCCAUGGUGGACCCCGAGGCACAGGCCCCCGCCAAGCAGCCCCCGAGGAGCUCCCCAAACACAGUCAAGAGGCCGACCCGGAAGGGCCGCGAUCGGGCUGGCAAGAGCCAGAAGCCCCGCGGGAAGGAGCAGCUGGCCAAGCGGAAGACCUUCUCGCUGGUCAAGGAGAAGAAGGCGGCUCGGACCCUGAGUGCCAUCCUGCUGGCCUUCAUCCUCACCUGGACGCCGUACAACAUCAUGGUGCUGGUGUCCACCUUCUGCAAGGACUGUGUCCCCGAGACCCUGUGGGAGCUGGGCUACUGGCUGUGCUAUGUCAACAGCACCAUCAACCCCAUGUGCUACGCACUCUGCAACAAGGCCUUCAGGGACACCUUCCGCCUGCUGCUGCUCUGCCGCUGGGACAAGCGACGCUGGCGCAAGAUCCCCAAGCGCCCUGGCUCCGUGCACCGCACCCCCUCCCGCCAGUGCUGA